CCCGGGCGCGAUCCUCGCGGGCGCCCUUGGGCAGGAGCGGCCAUGAGCGGGAGCGGCGUGAACCGGGCCCUGGAGCUGCUGCGCUCGCUGCCCAGGGUCAGCCUGGCCAACUUAAGGCCCAACCCCGGCUCCAAAAAGCGGGAAAGAAGACGCGGCCGUGGAAGAUACGGAGGUAGGAAGUGUGGCCGAGGUCACAAAGGAGAAAGACAAAGAGGGAAUCGCCCCCGAUUAGGCUUUGAGGGUGGUCAGACUCCAUUUUACUUGGCCAUACCAAAAUACGGAUUUAAUGAGGGACAUAGCCUCAGACGUCAGUACCAACCUCUGAGUCUUCAGAGGCUGCAGUACCUGAUUGAUUUGGGCAGAGUUGACCCCACGCAGCCGAUUGAUUUAACUCAGCUCAUUAACGCCAGAGGUGUGACAGUGCAGCCUCUCAAGCGGGAUUACGGUGUCCAUCUGGUGGAGGAGGGUGCUGAUAUUUUUGCAGCAAAAGUAAAUAUUGAAGUGCAGAGGGCAUCGGAAUUAGCAAUUGCAGCCAUAGAAAAAAAUGGAGGCGUAGUAACAACAUCGUUCUAUGACCCAAGGAGCUUGGAAAUUUUAUGCAAGCCGGUAGUAUUUUUCCUGCGUGGCAAACCCAUCCCAAAGCGAAUGCUCCCACCUGAAGACCUCGUCCGUUACUACACAGAUCCCAGGAGUCGGGGCUACCUGGCAGAUCCAUCUAAGGUUGCAGAAGCCAGGCUGGAACUUGCUAAGAAAUAUGGCUAUGUCUUACCAGACAUAACUAAGGAUGAACUUUUUAAAAUGCUAAGUGCACGCAAGGAUCCUAGACAGAUAUUUUUUGGUCUUGCUCCAGGAUGGAUCAUAAACCUGGCAGACAAGAAAAUUCUAAAACCAACUGAUGAGAGUCUGUUGAAAUACUACAGCUCAUGAGUUCAGGACUGGACACAACUGCAGGUGUACAGGAAACAUCUGGACAAUAAAACGAAGCGGAUGAAUUUUUGUUGGUGUUCGUCAACCAGCCCAGAUUUUUUCCUUCACUCAACAACCUGCCUUACUAUGACCAUCUGUAAUCACAUAACAAAAUAAAAGAAGUCUUCUCAUUCUAAUUAAAUAAUCUGAAAUCAAGAAAUUAAGAAUAGAAAUCAUUAAUUUUUGACAAUUUACUCUUCAACUUGUAUUGUUCCUUGUUAAUGCAUGUUAAAUGCUAUCAGUAAUGGUUAUGCCCCUGACUUGGGUCUUAAGUAUAGGUGAAACAUAGCAAAACAGCAAUAUAAAAUUGGACUAUGAAUAGCAGGAAUUUUGUUUUAGUGGCAUUAACAUUAAUAUUUUAUAAGAUGCCCAACACUUUUUUGGCACGUCAAGAAUAAUACUGUGUGCCAAAAAAAGUACAGUUGGUGUUAACUUGAAUGUGGAGUAAAUAACUUUCUCACUUUAGAUGUAUCCUGUUCUGCAUCCUGAUGAUUGUUGGUUUGGAACCUUAAAUGACAAGCAAUACUUUCUGCUUUUUCUUUUUUUUAAAGUUUUUGUUAUUACAAUAACUUUACAAUAACAAUAUUACUACUGCCUCCAUUUGGGAAGGAGUUGGAGAGGGAGGGAAGAGUAUUUAUUGCCUUCCCUUAUUUGUGCCAUAAUGUUUCUGUUUUUAUGAAUCAAUUCACAAUUGUAUUUUGUGGAGGUGGUGGUACUCAACAGGAAAGCUACUUAACUGGAAGUGAAGAAGGAAGUUAGUCAUAUUAGUGAAGACCAGAAGACAAAAGUGUUUAUGUAUCAUUGUGUAUUUUGGGGAGGAGAAGAAGGGGGAAGGCAAGUUUGUUUCCAUUUCUGCUCUUUGUAUUAAAAUGAACAAAUUGCUCUCAGCAAUUUUUUUUCUAAAUCAACUUCUUUGAUACACACACGCAUGCACACGCUGGUUUCUGUAGGUUUCUAAAUGGUUUUCAGGUGAAAGGGUAACUUGGAUAAAAUGAUAACAGUGAAAGAAAGAAUGAAAACAGGAAACAGAUGUCUGGUGACGUCGAGGGAUUGGAUAGCACUUAUUCAGUGAACGAUGUCUUAGUCACAAGGCAGCUGUAUCCUGGCUCUGAUACUACAACACUACAAAUACCUUGGAGCCAAAACAGCCACGUUCCACAAAAUCCGGUCAUUCUACUUCUUAAAGGUGAUCUUUUAUCAUCUUAUAGUUAGAGAGGGCAAAAAAGGGCUAUAUGUUCCUUUAUUUAAAAUAUGCAAUGCUUGUCUUUUUUUCUCACUUCUGUUAACAGUAUCCAGUAUUUUCUAUCAGUUGUUUGAAUUUUUAUUUACUAGUGCAAAAAGUCACAAGGCUAUAGAGGAUUUCCUGUUCAUUUUAUCUCAUCAGGAACACAAGUCUCCUAGCAACCAAAUACACAAUUAUCAAAAGUACAAGUGAGUUAUUGACAAGGUUUCUAAUAAAUCCAUAAUGAAGUGUCUGAAAGGACUGUUGUUUACAUGUCAGGCUUACUGGUGCAAGACUUAAGUCAAUGCUGGCACCUAAAGCCAUUCUCAUUACUUAGGUACAUGAUUUAGGACCAUAAUUGCAUGUUUAUAAGAUAAAGGAUUGUCUUGGUUAUCCUGUGUUGAGAGUGGUUUUGCAUGUGCCAUAGCAAGAAGUACCCAAUCUGCUGUAGGUGGAAAAGUAUUAUAGGGUAACUGAGGAAAAGGGACUUUUAUUUGUGUCACAAAAUGCUGAAAGCCAUGUCAGUUUUUAUCAGCAACAUCAAACUUCUGAGUGAUUACUUGAUAAAACUGAUUACAGAUGUGAGACUGCUAUCUAAAUAAAGGCCUGUAAACAAGUA